CACAAUACUUCUUUUGGCAGUCGAGCAGCAGAGUGAUUAUUAUUAAUUUGUGCCUUGAUACAGUAACAGUUACAAUAUUUGUGUAAUAUUUUGUGUGUGUGAUAUAUAGAAAAUGCUGAAUGAUGCCACAUAAGUUACGAAUAUGUACAUGUGCAACCUAAUCAAUUACCGGCCUAAGGAAUUAUUUUGUGAUGACUAACAUACAGGAUUUUAUGUAUAGUGCCGUUAGAACUUUUGUUGAAAAACUAACAAAGAUUGACAGCGUAUGGGGUUGGGCGUCCCCCCCUCUGCGGUUGCAGUUGGGUCAGCCGCCAAGAAUUUCCACUAUCAGGAUGGGAGAUAUGAUCAUGGGCGAGCGGCCACCAUCACCAGCUCGCCUAUCGCAUACAUCAGAAAAGCACCCACGUGGAACGCUAACAGAAUUGAAUGUUUUGAGAAGGCAUCGUGAACUUUGUGACGUCGUGCUGAAUGUGGGAUCACGUAAAAUAUUUGCCCACCGGGUUAUUCUGUCAGCAUGCAGCCCCUAUUUUCGGGCUAUGUUUACUGGAGAGCUGGCAGAGUCUCGGCAAACAGAAGUAACUAUAAGGGAUAUUGACGAAGCAGCAAUGGAAUUGCUUGUGGAUUUUUGUUAUACAUCACAUAUUGUUGUUGAAGAAGCAAAUGUGCAAACCUUACUGCCAGCCGCCUGCCUUCUUCAGUUAGCUGAAAUACAGGAUAUAUGUUGUGAAUUCUUGAAAAGACAAUUAGAUCCCAGUAACUGUCUUGGGAUCCGAGCUUUUGCUGAUACACAUUCUUGCCGUGAGUUGUUGAGAAUUGCUGACAAAUUCACACAACAUAAUUUUCAAGAAGUCAUGGAAAGUGAAGAGUUCCUAUUGUUACCUAUCGGACAGUUAGUUGAUAUUAUUUCAAGUGAUGAGCUCAAUGUGCGAACAGAAGAGCAGGUAUUUAGUGCUGUUAUGUCAUGGGUGAAAUAUAAUGUUUCGGAAAGAAGGCAACACUUAUCUCAAGUAUUACAACACGUCCGCCUGCCUUUAUUAAAUGCCAAAUUCUUGGUUGGCACCGUUGGGUCAGAUCUAUUAGUUAGAUCUGAUGAGGCAUGUAGAGAUCUUGUCGAUGAAGCCAAAAAUUAUUUAUUACUGCCACAAGAGAGGCCUUUAAUGCAAGGCCCCCGAACAAGGCCUAGAAAACCGACAAGGCGAGGUGAAGUUUUAUUUGCGGUUGGUGGCUGGUGCAGUGGAGAUGCUAUUGCAUCUGUUGAACGUUUCGAUCCUCAAACUGUUGAUUGGAAAAUGGUUGCUCCAAUGAGCAAACGCCGGUGUGGAGUUGGUGUUGCCGUGCUUAAUGAUCUUUUGUAUGCUGUAGGAGGGCAUGAUGGCCAAAGCUAUCUAAACAGUAUUGAGAGAUAUGAUCCACAAACUAAUCAAUGGUCAUGUGAUGUGGCUCCUACUACUUCAUGUCGCACGAGUGUGGGUGUUGCAGUUUUGGACGGUUACCUGUAUGCUGUUGGAGGCCAGGAUGGAGUGCAAUGUUUAAAUCAUGUUGAAAGAUAUGACCCUAAGGAAAAUAAGUGGAGUAAAGUUGCACCAAUGACGACACGCAGGUUAGGUGUGGCUGUAGCUGUCCUGGGUGGAUUUUUAUAUGCCAUCGGUGGGUCUGAUGGUCAAUGUCCUCUCAACACAGUGGAGCGAUAUGACCCUAGGCAAAAUAAAUGGUCUCCUGUGAGUCCAAUGUCUACAAGACGCAAACACUUAGGUUGUGCUGUAUUCAAUAACUUAAUUUAUGCAGUGGGCGGACGGGAUGAUUGUAUGGAAUUAAGUAGUGCUGAACGAUAUAAUCCGCAUACAAAUCAGUGGAGUCCGAUAGUUGCCAUGACUAGUAGGCGUAGUGGAGUUGGAUUAGCAGUAGUUAAUAGUCAAUUAUAUGCUGUGGGUGGCUUUGAUGGAACUGCAUAUUUAAAAACUAUUGAAGUAUAUGACCCUGAAAGUAACCAAUGGCGACUUUAUGGCUGUAUGAAUUAUAGAAGACUUGGCGGAGGUGUCGGUGUAAUGCGCGCUUUACAAACUGAAAACUAUAUGUGGAUAAGAAAAGACUCUGUUGUAUGACCAAACUAGCAACCUUAAAUUCUAGAAGCAGAUUCUAUAUAUAUACAUAAAUAUAUAUAUAUCACAACAGAUAUUUAUGAAGAUUUAUAGUAGAUGAUUAUUUGAUAGUAAUAUUAAUGAUAAAAAGACAAAUAUUGAUUCACU